AUGAAAUCCGAUCUCCCCACGCAAUUGAAUUCUGAUUUGCCUUCGCCGUCUCCUCUCCCUCCCUUACCCAACCUCCUUGCCCUCCCCGCCCCCAACCUCCUUGUCCUCCCCACCCCCUACCUCCCUGUCCUCCUCACUCCCUACUACCUUGUCUUCCCCACCUGUCACCUCCUUGUCCUCCCUUCCCCCAACCUCCUUGCCCUCCCCGCUCUUUACCUCCCUGUCCUCCCCACCCUCGACCUCCUGUCCCCUUCGCUCCCUACCACCUUGUCUUCCCCACCCAUCACCUCCUUGUCCUCCUCGCUACCCUCAACCGCAUCCUGCCCUCUCUCCUCCUGUCCUUUCUCCCCUCUCCCCUCCCCUUCAUCCUCUCCUCUCCCCUCCUUAUUCGACAUUCCCCUCUCCUCUUUUCCAGCUUUCCCCUCCUCGACUGCCUGCCCCUUUCGCUUUUCCUCUUUACCCCCUCUUCCCUCCCCCUCUUUCUCCCCUCGUCCCUCCACUUUAGCCCCUGUACCCUCCACCUCUUUUUUUUUCCUCUUCCCCCUUCCACUUCCUCCCUACUCCCUUCCACUUCUCGCCCCACUCCCCCUUCAACCGCUUCCUGACGUCUCCCCUCCUCCCCUUCCUCCCCUCUCCCAUUCUCCACCCGCCCCCCUUUCCCCUCAUCAUCUUCUUUCUUGCUCCUCACCUCUUCCACCCCUUUUCCCCCCUCCUCUUUCUGUCCUCUUUCCUUCUCUUUCGCCCCUAUUCCUUCCUCCUCUUCAUCCCCUCCUCCCUCCUCUUCGUCGACCCCUCUCCCAUCCUGCUCUAACUGCGGUCUCCCAUCCCCUUCGGUCGCAGGAGGCUGGGUAA